CGUUGUUAAAGCAAAUUCCGCUUCCGUUUUCCGGUGUAUCAUUCGUGGUGAAGCAAAAUGGCGGCGUUGGGACGUUUCUCUCAGGCUGUGAUGCGCUCCGCUUUUGCGGCUCAGACACGGCAGCUUUCAGCCGCGGCGGCUCACGGAGAGCAAGGGGUGAAGACCUGGAAGCUGCUGUCGUUCCUGGUGGCUCUGCCGGGAGUGGGAGUGUGUAUGCUGAACACGUUCCUGAAGGCUCAGCACCACAGCCACGACCAGCCCGAGUUCGUCCCCUACACACACCUGCGCAUCCGCAGCAAGCGUUUCCCGUGGGGCGACGGAACAAUGACGCUCUUCCACAACUCCCACGUCAACGCUCUUCCUGACGGAUACGAGAGUCACGAGUGAAGGACGCGUGAUCUCUCGUCAAACCGACCAGAGGGUUGAACUCCUCUCUUAACUCCUGGACCAUGCUCCAUUACGUCAGUUUACGUACCUACACGUCUAACUGUCUCUGACCUCUCGCUCAUGAACGCAUUUACUCAGUCCUGGACCCCUGCUGUGAGAGCGUGUAUAAAAUAAAUAAAUAAAUAAAUAUAUAACCCUUAAAUUAUAA